AUGCUGAUGAAGGAGCGCAAGGGAAUGUUGCUGUUGCUGUUGCCGUGGGUGCUCUGCAUCUCUGCUGUGGGUGUGUCUGCCGCUUCCAAUGGCACUACUACGGAUGCUCUCGUCACGGCAACCGACACCAAUGCCAUUGUGCAAUGCUCCCUCUGUGGAGAUGAUCCAUCCUGGGAGCCGUUGGACCGGCAUGCCAAGUUUGAUGGUGGAGGAGGAGACUAUGUGACAUGUGGCCACGUUCAUUCCUUGGGAUUCAUUGCAUUGCCUCCUCAAAACUGCAGUUUCCUCCAAGGAUGGGGAGCCGGUUUGUGUCAGUGUGCACCGGCUUCCUCUCUCUCUGAAACGACCCAAAAAUGUCGAUUGUGCGAAACUGGCUUUUUGAAGCAGGGACAAAUGGCCGGAUUUCCAUCGAUAUCGUGUGCUUCCUCGCAGGUACAAGCAUCGCGGGACCAAUCGGUGCCCUGUCAUGUCUAUCAAGCCACGGUCGGCGAGUACUGUGGAUGCCACAAUCCCAAGGCGACGGCCAACAUGUGUCGCAUCUGUGGCGGAGACAAUAACCGACCACUGCCCGAUCCACUCAAAUUCAUUCCCCGGCAUGCCUCUAAAAGUUGCGGAGAAUUGGAAUUCGAUGCCAAUGUACCCAACGCCGACUGUCGCUUGUUCCAGAAGCUCUAUGGAGAACAAUGCUGUCCACCAGUGAUCGAAGACAAUAGUGCAGCAGCAGCUGUUCAAACUUUGACAAUCCGCUGGUUCGUAGGACUGGUUUCAGCGAUGCUCCUGGUGCACUAUUAUUAG